UCCUGGACUCGGCAAACAGUUGCCCGGUUACAUGAAAACGAACGUGUUACUGUGCUGCUGGCUCAGGGAACUUGUGAAAUUAGCCAGUGAUGCUGUCAUCAGUCACAUGACUCAACGAUCCAGGAUGGAUGUAUCUGCUAAGUUAGAAGCCUCUACAGCGACAGAGACUGCCUCUGAAAGCAGAGACAUCUCAGAAAUGAGUCAAAUGGCUGAAGGAGAAAUGGCACAACAAAAUGGGAAUAUGGUCUCGGAAAAUACCCCCCUUCACAGUAAUAUAGAGAUGGAAGGAGAGAAUUUUAAUGAUGAAAAAGAUGCAUUCAUCACUCAGGAACUCAACAGGAGAUCCUAUGAUGCACGCCAUGGUAUCAGUCCAGAGAAAGUCUCCUGGAGGGCCAGCAUGAAUGGUGUAUCAGAUGAAGCAGUAGGGGAUAAGCAGGGAAAGCUGAGUUUGCUGCGAGAAGUUCUGGAGAGUGCAUCCAUGGAGGAUCUCAACUCGCAGGUGUUCUUGAGUCCCAACGGCAAGUACUGUCUUGAUCUGAGUGAUCAGGCUCUCACAGAAGUCCCACCAAAGACAUUCCAACUGAAUUACAUCCACUGUCUUCUUUUGAAUAACAACAGUCUAUGUGACAUUCCUGAGCAGAUCCACCAGCUGAGCUGUCUUGAAGCUCUUGUUAUACAGGCAUGUGGACUGACCAGCUUCCCUUCAGAGCUUUGUCAGCUAACAAACUUGGAGGUUCUUGAUCUCAGUGGUAAUGACAUUCAAGAAGUACCAAGUGAUGUUGCAGCCUUGAAGAUGCUCCGCCAGUUCCACAUGAAUGACAACCAGCUGCAGGAAUUGCCUGAUGAGUUCUGCAUGUUGUCAGAAAUAAAUGUCAUCAACCUCAGCCAAAACAAGUUGGAGGCACUACCACUACAGUUCAAUCAGCUACACUUCCUGAGAAUUCUUGGUCUGAAUAACAACAACUUCAGAAAGUUUCCCAAGCAGGUGUGCUUAUUGGACCAGUUGGUUCAGCUCAGCAUGAGUGGAAAUUACAUGCAGACACUGCCAGCUGACAUUGGGUACCUGUUCAAUCUGAGAGAACUCAAUUUGGAGAAGAAUGCAUUCCGAAUCCUCCCUGUGCAGGUGUACUGGCUUCCCGAGCUGCAAGAACUCAAUGUUUCACACAAUCUCAUCACAGAGAUUUCCAGCGAAAUUAGACAUCUUGACAAGUUAAAAACAUUAGGACUGAACAGCAAUCAGUUGGAGGAGAUUCCCGAUGGAAUCCAGCAUCUGACAAACCUAGAGAUUCUUGGCCUUGACUCUAACAAACUCAGCAAACUUCCAGCCAUUGUCAGAUAUCUCAGUGACCUGUCGGAGCUUUAUCUUGGACAAAACUGCCUGGAAGAAGUACCAGAUGAUUUGUGUCUUCUCCACAAUCUCUUCAUAAUUGACCUCUCAGGGAACCAGUUGAUGGGCCUGCCAGUUGAAAUUGCCAAUUUAAGGCAUCUGAACCAACUUCUGCUUCAUGACAACAAGUUCCAAGUUCUUCCAGAGGGAGUGUGCUCUUUAUCAGAGCUUGAGCUCCUCACACUUGAUCAGAACAAGUUGACAGGUCUCCCCAAGGAAGUAGAGAACCUGUACUGUUUGCGGCAGCUAACCAUGAACAAAAAUUGCCUGGGGACAUUUCCAGUUGAAGUCUGUGAAGUUCAGAUGUUGGAGUACCUUUCUUUAACAGAGAAUUCCAUAUCCUCCCUUCCAUCUGCAGUCACAAAUCUGGUCAACCUCCGUCAACUAGACCUGAGCCACAAUCACUUUGAGAACUUUCCUGAGGAGCUCUGCUCUCUGUCCUGGCUUCGGAAACUCGUCAUGUCUGACAACCGGCUAAUGGACAUGGCAGAUGAUGUGGAAAAGAUGGAGCUGCUGGAGGAGCUGAAUCUUAACAAUAAUUGCUAUGGAAUGUUUCCACUGCAGCUCUGUGGCCUUCCUAAUCUAAGAAUCCUCCACUUCUCCCAACCGGAAGGCACUAAGAUCAGUUAUCUGCCGUCCACUAUCCAAGUGCUCCAACACCUUGAAGAGUUAGAUGUGUCACACAAUGCCUUAGAAGGCCUCCCAUCAACGAUAUCACAGCUAGAGAAUCUGAUCAAACUGGAUGUCACAGACAAUCGUCUGGUAGAGCUCCCAGAAUCCAUAUCCCAGUUGAAGCACCUAGAAGAGUUCCACCUGGAGGGCAACAUGCUGCGGCAGCUGCCAGUAACAUUUGAUGGCUUGACUAACCUGACUGACUUGAGGUUGCAGGAGAACCCACUGUGCCAUCCCCCUACUGAUGUCUGUGAUGGUGGAGCCAUGGAGCCUAUAACACGAUUCCUGCUCUCAGCUGAAGAGAGAGCAGCUGUUCUUCUUGAAAAGAUGUUCCAGUGUGUCGCAGCUAAUGUCCGCCAGCGUGAGUUGCAUGACCUCAUGCGUGUCUUCCACUUCAGCAAAGAGGAAAUGUCGCACAUUGAGAAGACGUACAAGAAUGAUCCUCCCGAGGUUAUGAUCUUUGCUACACUGAGGAAAUGGCAAGACAUGAAGGGGCGGGCGGCCAAUGGAGAUGAGUUGGCGAGAUACCUGCGACUGAUUGAAAUGCCAGUUGUGGCAAGUAAGAUCAAAGCCAUGAAGGUCUACUCACAGGCGCACAGGCUGUGAAGUCUGCAGGUGUCUCCAGGCAUCAGGACUUGAACUUGAGCCCUCAAAAUUGGUCUGAGGUCACAAUCAUGUUUGAAAUAGUUUACCAUGUCAUUGCUUGGCAUUUUGCUUUCGCCUUGUAGGGGAGAAUCAAGAUCCCCACAGUGUGCAAUGUGAAACAAAGUAACUGCCUUCAAUGGCUUAUGCCACAAGCCCUCAAAGAUUGAACAAUUAACCUGUUUGUGUCCGAGUCCAUGUAAAAGGAUCAGACAAUCUAUAUAGGGGUGGCUGACAGGUAAAAUGCAGACUGUUUGUUGAGUCUCCUACAGUGGACGUGUGUACAUGCCCGAUACCCAUUUGUUGUGUAUACACACAACAUCCAGGCCAGUCAGAAAUGAGUCAGCAACUGGUUCAAAUGUUCAAAAGUUUGCAGUGAAACUGAAAUGACUUUUUUAUCUUUCAGACUUGGUAUAUUCAUAUUUUUCUACACAGCUAGCAUUAAAUACAUGUAUAUUUAGCUUCCUAAUCGCUAACAUAAUUCUUUGCCCAGUGUGAAACACUCUAAAAUUUUAAUGUCUUUAUUCAAUAGAAAAGAUAUCUCACUAUGUGUGCUAGUUUUUUAAUGCCCUGCCAAUGAAGUCCAAGGGGCAUAGUGUUUUCUGCCCUUUUCUGGGUGGGUGUGCAUGCGUGUCAAUGUGUCCGGAAGAUUCUUGUUAGCACGAUAACUUCAGAAAGACUUCAUGUAUGAACUUCAGAUUUGAUUUGUGCAUUGCUGUUGAUAAUCCUAAGAAGUGUGUUGCAUUUGGGGCCGAAAGGUCAAAGAUCAAGGUCACAAGUGCUAAAACAACAAAUAUUAUUGGCACAAUAAAUACUUCCCAUGGGAAUUUCAAAUAUGGCUUGAGCAUUGUUUUGUGUAGUCCUACAAGCCUUUUGCAUUUAUAACUUGAAAGCUCAAGUGUAAAGGUCAUAACUGCUGAAGAAAAGUAAGGCAAUCUGUUUGUGAUCCUAAAAUACAAGUUGAUGUAGGCAUGCGCUUGAUGGGGCAUUUGCGUUUGUUUUAAAGAAAAGUACCUGUGUUUAACAAAAAUGCUUGACAUUACCUUAGCCUUUCAGGCUCAACAAAAUGAUAAGGUCCCUUUUGUAAGUGCGUUGCAGUCAGUGAAAUGUGACAAUGGUGAAAAACGAGGUACAAUGGCCCCCCCAGGGAAUUUCUAGAACCUCCUUGGAAUUGUAUUCAACACUUGAGCCCUUCUAACCUACACCGGUAUUUUAACUAAAAUAAUUGGAAAAAAACCAACAGAAGUUAGCAAGAAAAACCAAAUUAAAAUCCUAUUAAAGGUCAGUCAUAUUAAGUAUUACGAUGGCAUUGAGUUAAUUAAAAAAAUAUAGUUUUACCAUGGACAUUCCUAAGAAUCCAUAAAAAUUCUUUUUAAACAUUUAACUUUUUGGAGCGAAAUUGAAAAAAAAUACACAUACCCUGCAGUAAUUUUCAACUUUAUUUCAACAGCAUGUCUUUGUACGUGUAUUUCAGUACAGUAUCAUGCAUUAAAUGCAUGGUUCAGGACAGGUUAUGUUGCCUUAAAUUUGUCCUUAGCAGAUUUUUACUUUCCAUGUGAAAUUACAGAUACACAUAUGCAAAAUGUAAAUUUGUGAACAGGGUACCUUUAGAAAUUAAGUUGGACUGAGAAGUUAUUUAUAGGAAAUUGUUAUAUUAUUUAUAAGGCCAGAACAAAAAAUUCAUUUAAAAGAACAGAAGUUCCCAUAAUUAUUUUAAUGGUUGGUAUUAUGUCCAUUGGUUCUUCCAUAUUUGUAAGUAUUUGUGAACAAGUAUGGAGUUUCUCACAACUUUGAAAAAUGCUUCUCCAUUGAGAUUUAUCUAUGCCAGUGACCUGUUUAUCAUCAUAAAUGCUUAGGACUUGUGAAAGGGUUUUUGAUAGCUCUCCUGAUACUAAGACUUUUGGGAUUUCCCUCCAGUUGAUCUGAGGAUGGACCGCUGUAGUUGUGCAUCAACUGACAUUUUUAUAAUCACAAAACUUUAUUGAGAGGGCAAGGGUGAAAACCACUUUAUGAAACAGGUUAAAAGUAGGGGUCUAUGGAAUUCUGUGUGGCAGCAGUGAGAGAUUUGUUUUUGUAUCUUGCAGACAUCUAUGCCUCCUUUGUGUGGAAAUAUUAGCCAACUAUUUUUUAUUUGCAGUUUUAAAAACGGAGCUUGGUUUCAUUUACCAAUUAUCUGCAGACACUGUUGUAAAGAUCCCAAAUUACAAACUCACUACUUAGUCAUGAACCUUGAUAGGUUCUUUCCUGUAGUAGUUCCUUGAUAGCAAGUUUGACUCUGUAUUUUCUUGUAUGCUCUGAAAAGAGGAUUUGUUUUUAUCUAUCUUAUAGUCCAGCUUUGAUGCUAGCCAUACAUGUACGAAGGUAUAAAUUAUAUUACUGAAAAUCAUGUUAUACAAAUAUCUUACAGUGCAGGUGUGUCAAGGUUCCAAUAAUUCCUUUACGAGCCCUCUAAAAUGUUCAGAACAGAUGUUUUAAUUUUGUUCUAAACUUGAAGUUGAACUGGUAUGUGUAGGUUGUGUUUUGCAGUGAAGAUGUGUGAAAUAAAGCACCAAUUUAACUGCA